ACAUUGACGGAUUGGAAUGGAACACGACUAUAGUUAAUUUUGUAUCGUCUUGUGUUGAUGUGAAGAAUCGAAGUUUUAUUGAAUUUAAAUGUAAAUAAAUCAAGAAAUGGCUACUCCAUCGGGGUCAGGGAAAAAUAGAGGACCCAUUGUGGACCCUGGACUGUGCCGUUGUUGCAGGUCCAUUAAAAAAUGUCGACUUUUGACCGCAGAAUACUUGUGGAAUGGCGAGAAGGAAAUUUACUCAGAUAUGUUUAUGGACUGCUUCGGUUUAUUGCUGUCCCACCUGGACGGGGACAGCAAGGAGUGCUGCAUAUGCGCGGCGUGCGUGUCGCGACUGCGCGACGCCUGCGCCUUCCGUCGGCAGGCGCUGCAGAGCGAAGAAGUGUUCUUGAGCGCCCGGCUUGAGACCAAGCAAGGUCUAGAAACCAAGAUACUGCUGGAGGUGAAACAGGAACCGCCGGCAGAUGACAACGACUCGAUGGGCGCUGACGACGUGGGCAUGGGCGAACCCGAUCUCGAAGAGCAAGACCCCAAGUCGGAGCCUUCGGCCUCGGACCCCUCGGACGCGGACUACAAGCCGCGCCGCAACAAGAAGCCCGGGCGACGGCAGCUGCUGGCCAAGAUGAACAAGCUGAGGGACAAGCUGGACCACAUGAUGAGCGCUACAGAAGCAGUUGCCCCAAAACGAGAGAAGAUACCACGAGCAAAAAAGAAAGAAUCCCUCGACCACGACAACAUGAUGUAUAACAACGCAGUCACCAUAGUACAGAACUCCUACGUCUGUCCGUUCCAUAAUAGAAUCAGCAACUACUAUUGCUACUACUGCAAGGACCAGUUCGUGAACCCCAUAGAAUUAAGGGACCAUACGUUGUCCCAUGACCCAAAAGAACUCUUUGAAAGCAUGAUGGAAAACAAGAAAAUACCCAAAAUCGAUAUCACAAGGAUCGAUUGCAGAUUGUGUCCGGACAAAAUAGACGAUAUCGAUACUUUCAAGCGGCACAUCACUAAUACCCACGGAAAGAUCAUAUACCCAGUUGACAACGAAUUCCUCAAAUUCAGACUGACUUCAAACAAUCUAGCGUGUACAGAAUGCAACAGUGUGUUUCCGUAUUUUGAUAUGUUAAAAAAACACAUGAUCGACCAUUUUGGCACUUAUAUUUGCGAUAUGUGCGGAGCGUGCUUUCUCGAGCAAAACUCACUGCGAACUCACAUCAAAUCUCACAACAAAGUCGAAGCGAAUUUCCCUUGUGAAGUCUGUGGGAAGAAUCUUAAAUCUAAGUACAGCAGAUAUUUACAUGUAGCCACUGUACACGAGAAGAAACCAACAGUUAAUUGUUAUAAAUGUGAAGCAAGUUUUCUGUCUUAUGCUCAAAGGAACAAGCAUUUGAUAGAAGUCCACGGAGACAAGAGGACGUUUCCUUGCAAAUUGUGUGACAAAGUGUAUAAUAGGAGGAAGACAUUAAUGGAGCAUAACAGAAGAAAUCAUUUGAAAGUGUACCGGCAUCAGUGUGAUUUGUGCGAUCAGAGGUUUUACCUUCCAUCGAGGUUGAAAGAGCAUAUGGCAACGCACACCGGGGAAAGAAAUUUCAGGUGUGAGUUCUGUGAAAAAAGCUACCCGAGGCUGCAGUCUCUCCAAGAGCAUAUUAGGUCUCACAGUAACGACAGAAGGUACAAAUGCGAUCUGUGCAACUCAGCGUUCACUCAGAAUGGGAGUCUCAAGAAUCAUAUGAAAAGUCACCACCAAGGGUACGAUUUGGACACGAGUUUUAGUUGAAUUAUUGUGAAUGUGUUUUUUAUUUAUUUAUUACAUGAAUUGAUGAUCAA